CGCUGAGGCCAAGGGAGGCCGCGAUGGAGGUGCCGGCGGGGGAGCCCCCGGCCCGGGGCUGCGGUCCCCCGCCCGCGCCCGCCCCGGAGAGGAAGAAGAGCCACCGCGCGCCGUCGCCGGCCCGGCCCAAGGACGUGGCCGGCUGGUCUCUGGCCAAGGGCCGCCGAGGCCCAGGCCCGGGCGCCGCAGCCGCCUGCAGCGCCGCGUCCUCCGCGCGGCCCGACAAGAAGGGGCGCGCAGUGGCGCCCGGGGCGCGGAGCGCGGGGACGCGAGUGGCCGGGGUCCGCACCGGGGUUCGCGCCAAGGGCCGCCCGCGCCCGGGCACCGGGCCGCGACCGCCGCCCCCGCCGCCCAGCCUCACCGACAGCAGCUCGGAGGUGUCGGACUGCGCGUCGGAGGAGGCGCGCUUGCUGGGCCUGGAGCUGGCGCUGAGCAGCGACGCCGAGUCGGCGGCCGGGGGCCCGGCGGGGGCCCGCACCGGGCAGCAGCCCCAGUCCGCGCCGCCAGCACAGCAGCCGCCGCGGCCGCCCGCCUCCCCCGAUGAGCCGUCGGUGGCCGCGUCGUCGGUGGGCAGCAGCCGCCUGCCCCUCAGUGCCUCGCUCGCCUUCUCCGACCUCACCGAGGAGAUGCUGGACUGUGGGCCCGGCGGCUUCGUGCGGGAGCUGGAGGAGCUGCGCUCGGAGAACGACUAUCUCAAGGAUGAGAUCGAGGAGCUGCGCGCAGAGAUGCUGGAGAUGCGGGAUGUCUACAUGGAGGAGGACGUGUACCAGUUGCAGGAGCUCCGGCAGCAGCUGGACCAGGCCAGCAAGACCUGCCGCAUCCUGCAGUACCGGCUGCGCAAGGCUGAGCGCCGCAGCCUCCGUGCCGCCCAGACCGGCCAGGUGGACGGAGAGCUCAUCCGCGGGCUGGAGCAGGACGUCAAGGUCUCUAAGGACAUCUCCGUGCGGCUGCAUAAGGAGCUGGAGACGGUGGAGAAGAAACGGGCACGGCUGGAGGAGGAGAACGAGGAACUUCGGCAGCGGCUCAUCGAGACUGAGCUGGCCAAGCAGGUGCUGCAGACGGAGCUGGAACGGCCGAGAGAGCAUUCCUUGAAGAAAAGAGGAACUCGCUCCCUGGGGAAGACAGACAAGAAGCCUUCUGUGCAGGAGGACAGCGCGGACCUGAAGUGCCAGCUGCACUUUGCAAAGGAGGAGUCAGCCCUCAUGUGCAAGAAGCUCACCAAGCUGGCCAAGGAGAACGACAGCAUGAAAGAGGAGCUGCUCAAAUACCGCUCGCUCUACGGCGACCUGGACAGUGCCCUGUCUGCCGAGGAGCUGGCCGACGCGCCCCACUCGCGGGAGACCGAGCUCAAGGUGCACCUGAAGCUGGUGGAGGAGGAAGCCAACCUGCUGAGCCGCCGCAUUGUGGAACUGGAGGUGGAAAACCGAGGCCUGCGGGCGGAGAUGGAUGACAUGAAGGACCACGGAGGCGGCUGCGGAGGCUCGGAGGCGCGCCUGGCCUUCUCGGCGCUGGGCGGCAGCGAGUGCGGAGAAAGCCUGGCGGAGCUGCGGCGACACUUGCAGUUUGUGGAGGAGGAGGCGGAGCUGCUCCGGCGCUCCUCCGCCGAGCUGGAGGACCAGAACAAGCUGCUGCUGGCCGAGCUGGCCAAGUACCGCUCAGAGCACGAGCUGGAUGUGACGCUGUCGGAGGACAGCUGCUCCGUGCUCAGUGAGCCUUCGCAGGAGGAGCUGGCGGCUGCCAAACUGCAGAUCGGCGAGCUCAGCGGCAAGGUCAAGAAGCUGCAGUAUGAGAACCGGGUGCUGCUCUCCAACCUCCAGCGCUGUGACCUUGCCUCCUGCCAGAGCACGCGGCCGAUGCUGGAGACAGACGCCGAGGCCGGGGACUCUGCCCAAUGUGUGCCCGCCGCUCUUGGCGAGGCCCACAGUCCUCACACUGCCCGACUCUGCAGAGCCAGGGAGGCCGAGGCGCUGCCCGGGCUGAGGGAGCAGGCCGCCCUGGUCAGCAAGGCCAUCGAUGUCCUGGUGGCCGAUGCCAAUGGCUUCUCGGCUGGCCUCCGCCUGUACCUGGACAACGAGUGCGCUGACUUUCGGCUGCAUGAGGCCCCCGACAACAGCGAGGGUCCCAGGGACAUGAAGCUCAUCCACGCCAUCCUGGUGCGGCUGACCAUGCUCCAGCAGGAACUCAAUGCCUUCACCCGGAAGGCGGACACCGUCCUCGGGAGCUCUGCUAAGGAGCAGCCGGAGCCCUUCUCGUCGCUGCCUGCCCUGGGCUCCCAGGGGCCCUCCAAGGAGAUUCUUUUGGCCAAAGACCUUGGCUCAGACUUCCAGCCGCCUGACUUCAGGGACCCGCCAGAGUGGGAGCCCAGGAUGCGAGAGCCCUUCCGCAGUGGUGACUUGGACUCCAAGCCCGACCCCAGCCGGAGCUUCAGGCCUUAUCGAGCUGAAGACAAUGAAUCCUACGCCUCUGAGAUCAGGGAGCUGCAGCUGGUGCUGGCUGAGGCCCAUGACAGCCUCCGGGGCCUGCAAGAGCAGCUUUCCCAGGAGCGGCAGCUACGGAAGGAGGAGGCCGACAACUUCAACCAGAAAGUGGUCCAGCUGAAGGAGGACCAGCAGAGGGCGCUCCUGAGGCGGGAGUUUGAGCUGCAGAGUCUGAGCCUCCAGCGGAGACUGGAGCAGAAAUUCUGGAGCCAGGAGAAGAACAUGCUGGUGCAAGAGUCCCAGCAAUUCAAGCACAACUUUCUGCUGCUCUUCAUGAAGCUCAGAUGGUUCCUCAAGCGUUGGCGGCAGGGCAAGAUUUUGCCCAGUGAGGGGGAUGACUUCCUUGAGGUAAAUAGCAUGAAGGAGCUAUAUCUGCUAAUGGAGGAAGAGGAAAUCAAUGCCCAGCAUUCAGAUAACAAGACCUGUACAGGGGACAGCUGGACCCAAAACACGCCCAAUGAGUACAUCAAGACACUGGCUGACAUGAAGGUGACGCUGAAGGAGCUGUGCUGGCUGCUUCGGGAUGAACGCCGUGGUCUGACUGAACUUCAGCAACAGUUUGCCAAGGCCAAGGCCACCUGGGAGACAGAGCGGGCAGAGUUGAAGAGCCAUACUGCCCAGAUGGAGCUGAAGGCCGGCAAGGGGGCUGGGGAGCGGGCGGGGCCCGACUGGAAGGCCGCCCUGCAGAGGGAGCGCGAAGAGCAACAGCACCUGCUGGCUGAGUCCUACGGUGCUGUCAUGGAGCUGACGAGGCAGCUGCAGAUCAGCGAGCGCAACUGGAGCCAGGAGAAGCUGCAGCUGGUGGAGCGGCUUCAGGGUGAGAAGCAGCAGGUGGAGCAGCAGGUAAAGGAGCUGCAGAACCGCCUGAGCCAGCUGCAGAAGGCUGCUGACCCUUGGGUCCUGAAGCACUCAGACCUGGAGAAGCAGGACAACAGCUGGAAAGAGACGCGGAGCGAGAAGAUCCUCGACAAGGAGGGGGUUUCUGAAGCUGAGCUUGGGGGAGCUGCCUUAAAAAGGACCAAAUCUGUUUCGUCCAUGUCUGAGUUUGAAAAUUUGCUUGACUGUUCCCCCUAUCUUGCCGGUGAAGCUGCGCGGGGCAAGAAGCUGCCCAAUAACCCUGCCUUUGCCUUUGUGGGCACCCAGCCGGAGGACCCAGAGAAGGAUGCCCAGGAACAUCCCUCAUCACGGGACUGCAACCGCCUGGGCGCCCUGGGCUGCCAGGAGCCGGCAGGGAGGCAGAUGCAGCGAAGCUACACGGCUCCCGACAAGACGGGCAUCCGCGUGUACUACAGUCCCCCGGUGGCCCGGCGCCUGGGUGUCCCUGUGGUCCACGACAGGGAGGGCAAGAUCAUCAUCGAGCCUGGCUUCCUCUUCACCACUGCCAAGCCCAAAGAAUCAGCUGAAGCUGACGGGCUGGCUGAGAGCUCCUACAGCCGGUGGCUCUGCAACUUCUCACGGCAGCGCUUGGACGCAGGCUCUGGGAGCAGCCCCUCCACAGCAGGGCCUGGCUUCCCGGCGGCCCUGCACGACUUUGAGAUGGCUGGCAACAUGAGCGACGACAUGAAGGAGAUCACCAACUGCGUGCGCCAGGCCAUGCGCUCGGGCUCGCUGGAGAGGAAAGUGAAGAGCACGUCCAGCCAGACGGUGGGCCUGGCUACUGUGGGCACGCAGACCAUCCGCACAGUGAGUGUGGGCCUGCAGACAGACCCACCCCGCAGCAGCCUCCAUGGCAAGAGCUGGUCACCCCGCAGCUCGUCACUCAUGUCCGUGCGCAGCAAGCAGAUCUCCUCCUCCCUGGACAAGGUGCACUCGCGUAUUGAGCGGCCGUGCUGCUCGCCCAAGUAUGGCUCGCCAAAGCUCCAGAGGCGGUCCGUGUCCAAGCUGGACAGCGCCAAGGACCGCAGCCUGUGGAACCUGCACCAGGGCAAGCAGAAUGGCUCCGCCUGGGCCCGCUCCACCACCACGCGGGACAGCCCUGUACUGAGGAACAUCAACGAUGGACUGUCCAGCCUCUUCAGUGUGGUGGAGCACUCGGGGAGCACGGAGUCUGUCUGGAAACUGGGCAUGUCUGAGGCUCGGGCCAAGCCCGAGCCGCCAAAGUACGGCAUCGUUCAGGAGUUCUUCCGCAACGUGUGUGGGCGGGCACCAAGCCCCACCUCGGUGGCAGGGGAGGAGAGCACCAAGAAACCGGAGCCCCUCUCCCCAGCCAGCUACCAUCAGCCAGAGGGCAUGGCCAGGAUCCUGAACAAGAAGGCAGCCAAGUCAGGCAGCAGUGAGGAUGCCAGACUCUCGAUUCUCCCCCAGGUGGGGAAGGACGGUGUGCCCCGGGAUGGAGAUGGAGCCACAGUCCUUCCCAAUGAGGAUGCUGUUUGUGACUGUAGUACUCAGUCCCUCACCUCCUGCUUUGCCCGGGCAUCCCGUUCGGCCAUCCGGCACUCUCCUUCCAAGUGCAGGCUGCAUCCUUCAGAGUCCGGCUGGGGUGGGGAGGAGAGGGCAGCUCCCCCCAGCGAGUGACAGAGCAGCCGUGCUCCCCACCUCAACCAGCCCAGUCCCUGGACAGCCGAAGGGAACAAACGGAGAAGAGACGCCACGAGGGGCCUGUGCCGUCGGCAUUGCCUCACCCUGAAGGGACAGCAGCUGCCCCACUGCCAGACGACAGCAUCCCUAUCCAGGUAAAGCGGGGUCUCCCGCUGACUGCUGGGUGGUGAUCUCUGACUUCCCAGGGGAAGCCAGUGAGCGGAAGAAAGACCACAACUAGGCUUUGGAAGUAGCUCCAGAGAGAUCCUUUGGGAGCCCAUCCACUGGGAGAGCCUUGCCUGGUUCUGCCCACACCCACUUCUCGUAAGAGCCAAGGAAAGGAUACACUACUGGCCAUGCUCCUCAGGGACAAGAGCUCACAGAGAUGUUCCCUGCCAACCACGUCCUCCUUCACGGGGAGGAAACACCGAUGAGAAGAACAGCCUUUGCUGUAGGACUCAACGUGGAGUUCCUGGUGGAGCUGAGGUGGGCAUCAUCCCCAUCCCUUCCUUCUCCCCACAUUUUCCUCCUCCCAGCUCCACUCUCUGGAUUGCUGUGGCUCUAGGGGGCAUGAUAGGGCAUAGCCAGGGCCAGGUAUCUGCUUGGAAUCCUGGAGCCCUGGAUCUCCCUGUGCAGAGCCUGGAUGCAGCAAGGACUGGAAGAUGAGGUAGAAAUGUGUGGGGCUUAGCGCUGGGUAGCCACGGGACCUGCCUCCCUGGUCAAGAUGGCUCGGGGGGCACCAGCCUUCCCAGGAAACACCUUGAAGACAGAAAUAGGUAGAGUCAGUUUCAAGACCUGGUGCACAGAUGAAUGCCUAAAUGCCCACCACCUUGAUGGCUGGGGGCCUCUCUCCCUGGCACUGGAGGAGCGACACAUCUCCUCUGUGUUUACAUCCUGUGGCUGGUGGAGGGCAAACAUAUUCCCAAUAAGAGACUCCCAACUGGCCACGCCAGGCCCAGGAGCACUCCAAGAGGCCAGUGCCCCCGGACACAGUAGCGGACUGGGGCCUGGAAACACAUUUCCUCGGUUGUUUAUUUGAAGUUUUCUUACUAUAAAUAUUUAAGGUAGUUUUACUUUAUUUUAAUAAUUUAAUUUACCCCAAAGUCCCUAAGGUAAUUUAUUGGAGGUUCAGACAUGUAUUCUUGCCACUGGGACAAAGUGAGGCUUCUAACACGAUGGACAGGCAUGGGGUCCCCCAUGUACAUGAGGCAGCUUGGCAGCUGAGCUCUGUGGUCUCUUGGUCAAGUUUGGAGGGCCCCCUGGUAGAACUGGAGCCCUGCAGCUUGCUCCCCAAUACCGCUGACCAUCUGGCCUCUGAGCACUGCUUUUCACUCACUGCUAGGUACUUGGCUGGCCCCCAGCAGUCAGUCUGUAAACGCUCGCUGACAGGGUGGAGGGCUGGGCCGCCGUCCCCACUUUCCAAACAUUCUCCAUCUGCCCUCUCAUUUUCCUCCCUCGGAAACCUUUUUUUAUGAGUCAAACACAAAUUCCUAACUGUCAAGAGCAUGGAUAUCUCUCCAAGUUCCCCAAGUGAGAACUCACAGGAAAACAGGACUGAACUUCGAGAAUGUUGUUUAUUGCAGCUUUGCACAUGGACCCGAGAGUGCCAGCCUGCCUCAGCUCUCACCACCUGCCAGCCUUCUCACCAGCCUCUUUCCUUAGCCUUAUGGCCUCUCCUGGCCCCUGUUCCAGCCCCAGCUCCACUGCCCACCCUUGCCCACGUCCCACGUGAGCUGCCUGAGCCAUCGGACAGACUACCAUGUAGCUCAUUGCGAUGUGGCGGGAAAGGCCUCAGCUGGCCUCCCCCUUGGUGCCAGUAAACCCAUUUCGGUUUGCACACAUGCCCGCACACACACACAGAUGCGUGGACCUCCUGCAACUGGCUGGGGGCCCAGAGUGGAAAUACCAGAGUAAAGCCACUUGUCUGUGGAAAGGAAGACCAAAAGCCAGCAGCUUUGCUUGUUUGCCCCCAGGACUCAGGAGACCCCUCUGCACUCCCACCUGCUCCCGAUCCUGCCCUUUCAGGGUCACCUGGACAAGUCACCAAAGUCCUUCAUAUCCAUUCCCAAUGGGCAUAAUGUGAGGGUCCUGUCGGUCUGACCAGGCGCUUCCUCAUGCCAUAAUGACUUGCAUGGGCAGAGUGGGCAGGCCAGUGGAGCCAAGGACCUGUCCUUUUUGGGAUGCCACUGCUCCCACCCAAAAGGUCAGGGGGCCCCUCCAAGGUUAUGUCCGGGUGAGGGGAUUCAGAUUCACACCAGGCCACACACCACCAGAGGCCUUCCGCCACCUCCCCAAGCCAUGGAGGGUCAGGGAGGCAGCACUCCCAGCCUUGGGGAGAAAUCCUCACGAGACCUGAGUCCUGAGGCCUACGGACCACUCAGCCUUACCAUCGUCCUCGUCCAAGAUUGUCCUUGCCAUCUCUUGUCUCAGCACCUAGCUGCCCAUCCUCCCAGCUGGUGUCAGAGGCUCCAGAUCUUGGUUUUCAGUAAAGUCCCAGUUUCUACUUCCUGCAUGCCACUGUGCAAGGUCACUCAUCACUGUUCCUACAGAAGCCUCUGGACAUGGGGCUUGAUGGGGUUCAAAAUGUUAUGUGUAAAUAUUGGUUUGGUUUGAUUUUUAGCAUUUUGAUUAGUAACUGGUUGUGUUUUCUUUUCUGGGGUGUGGGGGGUUGGUUUGUAAAAUCUCUACUCUUUUGGAAUGUAAUUUCUAAGUUUGUUUGUUUCUUCAAAUGCCUUUUAAGUCUUGGUAACAUUCCCAAAGCAGAAAACUGCCUGACCCACAGUGGGGAUUCCCCUGGAGCACCCAGGAAGGAACACUGCCCUUCUUCCCAUUUCCCCCCUUCCUACUCCUCCUCUGCUAUUUUACUCUCAGCACUUUCUUCCUCUUCCUUCUCCCUGACUCCUUCUAUCCUUCUUCCUUUUCUGCCAUCUCCACUCUAUUCCACCAAAGUCCCAAGGAACCCAGGGGUCCUAAUUUCCUACAGACCACUAGGCUUAUUGUGUUGGCACCAGUUGGUUGGAGAGGAGGGGGGACAUGGGGAACCAGUUGCCCUGAUUGGCCCUAAACUGGAUGUCUUUUAUGUCUGACCUCUUCCCAAAGUCAAACAAGAUCCUCCUGGUGGCAGUGAUGUCUGUGUUUGAAAUGAAAAUCAGACCAUGUUGGCACAUCAGUGGCUCUGAAACCUUGCAUGCACAAAGCAUCUGUGUCCAAUUCCUUGUCUCCCUCUUUUCCUCCCACUUUGAUCCCCACCAAAGACUGACCAAUUUAAAACCACCUCCAAGAGGUCUUGCUUUCUAUGAACUCAAAAUGGGCCCCAUCUCUUGGUCUUCCCAGGGACAUUCCUCUCCCAGCUGCUCUCCCAGCUGACAAAGUCAAGGGCCCAAAGACUUGACCCUCUUACACGCUGCCCACCGUAUGGUUCCAUCAUACCCACCGCUGUGCACCUUUCAUGGUUACAUCACCCAGCCUGUUGUCCACUUGCCCACCCAACUUUCAGGCUCUUCCUCCCUCUCCCCUUCCCCUCCCAUCCAGAAUGUCCCUCACUUUCCAGCCCCAUCAGCGCCCCCCCCCCCCCGGCCCCAAGGUCCCACUACCUCUUCAUUCAUAAUAAUCAUUAUCCCA